AUUGAUGUUACUGAUGCAAGUCACCAGUGUGUUACAUUCGCAAAUGCAGCAGGGCACACUCAAUUUUGUGUAGGAAUGCGAGUGAAAAGUAAAGUGUUAUUUGAAGCGAUACAUUUUCGGAAUCGUAGGCUAUUUACGCACGCUUCUUGUCCCGUGAAGAGCAGUGUUCCAGGAGAGCUGGGAUGGACUUGCAUAUCCUCGACCAUCGAUUGAGGGUGACUUGUAUUAGCAAAACAGGACUGGUUCAUUUUACUCACCCGCUAAUAAAAUUAAUUUUCUUGAGAAACAGAAGCAGAUGUAAAUUUCUGAGUCUCACAGAAACUCCAGAGAACUACACAGUGGUCCUUGACGAAGAAGGCUUCAAAGAGCUGCAGCCCUCAGAGCAUCUCCAAGUGGAGGGCUCCACCUGGCUGCCUCUCAACGUGGUCUCCAACGGCAACACGUCCAGCAGCUCGCAGGCGGUGGGAGUCACCAAGAUCGCCAAGUCGGUCAUCGCACCGCUGGCCGAGCAGAAUGUCUCAGUCUUCAUGCUCUCCACCUACCAGACCGACUUCAUCCUGGUACGAGAGAACGAUCUUUCAGUCGUGAUCCACACGCUUCAGGAGGAGUUUAAUAUUUACAGGGAGGUGGGGGGAGAGUCCGUUCCUGUUCACCAGCAAGACACCCAGAAUGGCCUUCGGCGGAAUGGAAAAGAAGCUGCCAAGCCCACGGUGCACCCGGUGCUCAUCCCGGAGAACCAGUUCUGUGUCAUGAGCCUGGACCCCGACACCUUGCCAGCCAUCGCCACCACCCUCAUCGACGUGCUCUUCUACUCAAACAGUCCAAAGGAAGAGACAGACUCGAGUGAAGACCUGCAGUGCGUCAAGUUCUUCUCCUUUUCGUUAAUAGACGGCUACGUUUCCUUGGUGAUGGACACCGAGGCACAGAGGCAGUUCCCUGCUGACCUCUUAUUCACUAGCUCGUCUGGAGAGCUGUGGAGAAUGGUGCGAAUUGGAGGUCAACCACUUGGCUUUGAUGAGUGUGGCAUCGUGGCUCAGAUCUCGCAGCCCCUGGCAGACAGUGACAUAUCGGCCUACUACAUCAGCACCUUCAGCUUUGACCACGCGCUGGUGCCUGAAGAGGAUAUUGUCACUGUUACAGACAUGCUCCAGAGACAAAGGAAGGAACCGGCAGCCUGUUGACCUGCUGUCCUGCCAAGGCCACGGUCACUUUGGACAUCUCUCUCUCUCUCUCUCUCUCUCUCUCUCUCUCUCUCUCUCUCUCUCUCUCUCUCUCUCCGUAUGUGUGUGUGUGUGUAUAGAUUCUAAUCUGUCGUGCCUACACUAACUUUGCAGCACAAGCAGUAUUAUCCUCUUAGCAGCAUCGAGUGAGUGACCACAGGAUGUGUUUCUUGGAAAGACAUUGAUAAGGGAGCGGUCGGUCCGACCUCCAUGAUGACGCUGGCCAUCCGUCAGCUGCCCGUGAUUCAGCUGCCAUCUAUAGGUGGCAUUUUAAUUUGUCCUAUUGGUGUGAAAAUGAAAAAUGGUGUGCACUGAAAAAACAAAGUUACUGUUCAACAAGCACCUGUCUUCCAGCGGUGUUGCACUGAGAGUCCUCUUGUGAGAAUGUGCUGCUCCUUCCCUCUUUGGGUAAUGAGAAGAUUUUUUUUUUUUUAAUGUAGCCUGUGAGGUACUCUGUGCAUCGCAAUGCCUUCUUUUUUUCACUGUCUCUGUGCUAUAUCAAAGUUUACUUUUUCCACAUAUUUUGUCAUUGUAGUUGAACCCAUACUGUGGCAAUCAAUCUUGCCGAACAGUAUGUUUGCUUUGGACAACAUUUGUGUAUCCAUAUGAAAAGCUCCUUUGUUGGAAAAUAGACACUUGAAAAAAAUGUCCCCAGAAUAAUGCGUUAUUC